UCUUCCCCACUUGCACCCGCGAGCAGCGACUCCUCCUAGCUUUUCCAGAGCAGCAGCCACUAAACUCGCUCGUGCUAGCUAGCUACAAGCAUCUAGUGGCUUGUAGCUAGCUACCUAGCUACAGCCGCCUGCCCUAGCUAUCUAACUGGGCUGCGGUAGAUAUAUACGAGGAGGAAGGACGACGGCGAGGAAGGAGCAGAAGCAGUAGCCAUGACCAUGAGCGGCAGGCACGAGAACGGCCAUGGCGCCGCUGCCGCGGCUGCGGCGGCAGCAGCAGGAGGAGGCAGGGCAGGGGGCGACGCGCACGAGGACGACGUGGUGAUGCCGGGGUUUCGGUUCCACCCGACGGAGGAGGAGCUCAUCGAGUUCUACCUCCGCCGGAAGGUGGAGGGCAAGCGCUUCAACUUCGAGCUCAUCACCUUCCUCGACCUCUACCGCUACGACCCCUGGGAACUCCCUGCAAUGGCCGCGAUUGGGGAGAAGGAGUGGUUCUUCUACGUGCCGAGGGACCGCAAGUACCGGAACGGGGACAGGCCGAACCGGGUGACGGCGUCAGGGUACUGGAAGGCGACGGGCGCGGACCGGAUGAUCCGGGCGGAGAACAACCGGCCCAUCGGGCUCAAGAAGACGCUCGUCUUCUACUCCGGCAAGGCGCCCAAGGGCGUCCGCAGCAGCUGGAUCAUGAACGAGUACCGCCUCCCACCGGACGACACCAGCCGCUACCACAAGACGGAAACCUCCCUCUGCCGCGUGUACAAGCGCUCUGGCAUCGACGACGGCCGCGGACAUCCCUCGGUGCGCUCGACGCCCUCCCGCGGCUCCACGGCGCAGCAAGACAACAGGCAAGCGUCGUCGUCGUCCACGCCCACGCCGCCCACAACUCCGUCCAAGCUCCACCUUCUCCACGGCGAGUGCACGUCGCCGCCCGCCAUCGCGGAUCACGCCCCUGCGCACAAGGCUGCGGCGGCGGCGCGGCAACUCCCCGCAAAGCCGUCCGGCAGCUACCUUUCCGCGACGAGCUCCACCACGGCGGACGGCGAUCAGCACGAGGGAACCGCGGUAAUGUACGAUCACUCCAGGAACACGAACGCGUUCGCCUCCACGUACUCGCUGCUCAGCCUGGUGAACGCGGCCUCCAUGGGCGGCUCCGCCGCGGCCAUCGACGAGCUGAGCACACUGGUGGGCCACGGCCCACCGUCAUAUUUCAACCACCAGGCCGGCGGUCACAGCCACUUCCUGCCCCUGCCGACGCCGUCGUCGCAGCCAAUGGCUCUCGGAACUCUGCCGAUGUCGCUCGCCGCCAUCUCUGACAGGAUUUGGGACUGGAAUCCGAUCCUCGACGCGGCAGCUAGAGAUUACAGCACCGCCGGAUUCAUGUGACGCCUACAGAGCGGCCGCAUGCAUGCCAGUAUGCCACAGCUCCGUACGCGUGCAUGGCGGCGCACAUUCCGGUCCUAAUGGUACUCCUACACCUACUACCAUGUAGAUCUGUCUCUCUCUCCGGGUUAAUCACGGUUAAUUCUGAGGGAACAAUCACUGUAGACAACUAUACCCUUUUAAUCAGACCAUAGAUCAUACCAACUUGUACUUGUAUGAUCAAGAAUUAAUUCAGGAUAGCUAAGCUGUAAUUCCUACUGAAUCGCAUAUAAUAACUUCUCUUUGAUCGA